AUGUCCUCCUCCUUCAGCAUCCGCAUCCCCUGCUCGUCCGCCAACAUCGGCCCCGGCUUCGACGUCAUUGGGCUUGCACUAACCCUAUACCUCGAAGUGCACGUCACAAUCGACUCGACGCCUUCCUCGCUCGAGCACAACAAAUACCCCCUCAACUGCGCAAUCACAUAUGAGAAUCUGAGCGGCAGCAAAGAGCAGAUCAGCCUGGACCCCGAAGUCAAUCUGAUCACCCGCGUGGCUCUGUAUGUGCUGAGAUGUCACGACCAGCGCGCAUUCCCGGCCAAUACACAUGUACACAUCAAGAAUCCGAUCCCAUUAGGUAGGGGUUUGGGAACGUCUGGAACCGCGGUGGUAGCUGGUGUAGUCUUGGGUAAUGAAUUGGGAAAGCUGGGCUUGACCAAAGCCCGUCUUCUCGAUUACUGUUUAAUGAUCGAACGACAUCCGGAUAACGUCGCCGCAUCUCUCUUUGGUGGCUUCGUAGGCACAUACCUCAGCGACCUCAAACCCGAAGACGUCGCGCGCAUCGAAAUCCCCUUGAGUGAAGUUCUCCCCGAACCCGCCGGCGGCAUCGACACGGGCAAACAACCGCCCAAACCACCCGUUGGAAUCGGUCACUGCACAAAAUUCCCCUGGGCAAAGGAAAUCAAAGCGCUCGCUAUAAUCCCAGACUUCGUCGUGCCCACAGCCAAUGCGCGUGAUGUGUUGCCAAAACAAUAUUCGCGCGCCGAUGUGGUUUUCAACCUGCAGCGUGUUGCGCUUCUGCCCAUUGCGCUGGGUGCUUCUCCCCCAGACGCGGAUAUGAUUUAUCUCGCUAUGCAGGAUAGAGUGCAUCAACCCUACCGCCAGACUCUGAUCCCCGGAUUGAUGGAGAUUCUGCAGUCCAUGACCCCGGCCACACAGCCCGGUUUAUUGGGUAUUUGUCUUUCGGGCGCGGGGCCUACGAUUCUGGCGCUUGCGACGGACAAUUUUGAGGAGAUUGCGCAGAAAAUCACCGGACGUUUUGCCGAGAGGGGAAUUGAGUGUCAAUGGAAAUUGUUGGAGUUGGCGCAGGAGGGGACACUUGUGGAGCAUCAUUAA